AUGCAAGAUGACACAAUAUAUGAGACUGAAGAUGUGAAAGAAGCCAUAGGAAGGCUUCCUGGAGAUCUUUAUAAUGACAGAAUGUUUCGAAUUAAGAGAGCUGUGGACCUGACCAUGAGGUAUCAGAUCUUGCCUAAGGAGCAGUGGGCAAAAUAUGAGGAGGACAAAUUCUACCUUGAACCCUAUCUGAAAGAGGUUAUUCGGGAAAGAAAAGAGAAAUAAGAAUGGGCAAAGAAGUGAUCUUGUAGUUGAGA